ACCGUUCUGUUCUGUGAUUUCUCUACUCUCCAUGGUACCACCGCGUUGGAAUCCGGGGCCAAAGCUACGAACGUGGGUCUGAUCUUCACCAACAAAGGCUCCUUGAACGACAGCAGCACCAGACGCAGUCUCACCGAAAGUGACCUCGGAGACAAUGUUGGCUUCGCUGACGACAGUACCACACCCUGAACAGACCUUCUGGCCAUCGUCCUCAAUGAUAUGAGGCGCAGGACAACCCGGGUUGGGGCAUGUUGUUGUCUUUGGGUGAGUAGUCGGCCUUGCGGGUUGAGGGCGUGAAACUGGCUGAGGGCGUUUGAUAGCCGUUGCCCCGGGGGUUUUUAUACUGGCUAAGCGCCCAAUAGGCGGUUUGGGGCCAGUCCUUGGAGGGAUGGGACGCAUCCCAGGUCGCGCAGACAUGGUGGUUUCUAGUGUAGGCGUCGAUAUACUAUAGUUUGUCGAACCUCUAUGGUGCUCGCAUGAGUCAAUCUAUGUCGAGAAAGAAGAAAAAUUCGCUAUUGCGUCAUUUCAAGACAUGGGCGAGGGAGUAGCAGAUGAAGGCAUGCAGAUCCAAUGCUGGAUCUAUAGAGAUGGAAAGAGCGAUGGGUGAUUAGAUAAGCGGAGGAUUUUUUGAUCGGUGAGGAAUAAUGAUGAGUGGAUCAACGAUCACCGCGUGUGAGAUGAGCCGAGGAGAGAGAGCGCGAGCAGUAAGCGCAUUCGUACUUUGCCAGCUGUGGUUGUGGAAGCCUUUGAAAGCUGAUGUAUGGCGAUGGAGUGGACGAGAUGCAGGAAGAGUCAAGAGAAGCAGCGCGAGAAGAGUGGGUGACGCGCGACGUGAAAAGUGAAGGGCAAACGCGAAGUUUUCGUCGGUGGUGGAGUGGACAAGUCACGUGCGUAGAUAGGUAGCUUUUGGCCAUCGCAGAUUCCUGCGGUAUGCCUUCGUGACCUGCAAGAAUCUUUGAUGGGGGAAUGAUGUCUGCGCGAAUUGUGCGCCUUUUUAGCCUCAUCCACCACUUUUCUGGGUCAUCCGCACAAAACCCGCAUUCCAGUCCUUUCCUCGCCUUCCACUACUGAGUAAUGAUUCAAUCUGGUAGCUAGCUUCUGCGGAUACUUAAGAAAUGUGUCGGUUCUUUUUUCUAACGUCUCCUACCUUAUUAUUUUCUUUUUGUUCCCUAGCACAUAGCAUCUUGGAGAAUACUUGAUCAAAAAGAACUUGAAGAGGCCCGGGGCUUUCAGCAGCACUUCGCUUCAAACUCUUUCUCUCUCCUCUUCUCCAGGUCAUAUCUUUGUCUUUCAAUUUGCUCAACGUCCACUGCUCCUCCUGCGUCGCCUACAUCACGCAAGUCCUGUCGGUUAUCGCCGGCGUAGUCGAUAUCAAUGUCUCAAUUUUCACCCACGAAGUGCAUGUAUUGCACACUCGCCAAGCAGAUCCCGUUUCUAUGGCGAGGACUCUGAUUCACGCCGCGUUUGAAGUCCACCAUGUCACUACUAGGAACUCAAGAGGGUCAAUCAUAUUCGACUAUGCUCUGGACAACAGAUUCUCUCAUGGCUCGGUCAUUCUCGGCACAAACACCAGUUCCGAAGGGCUAAGAGACAGGCAGAGGCAUCUCGACAACUGCGAUGCCUGUCGGAAGGAGGACUUAGAGCAGUACCUUACGCCAUCGGGUGGCGAGAAGUCACCCCAGUCCCUACUUGCUGCUAGAAAGGUCUCCCUGGUCGACUCAGUAUCGACGGCGAAGCAACCAUCAAAGCAGCCCAGCCGGUUCCAAGCCCGCAUCAGCAUCGCGGGAAUGAGCUGUGCAUCAUGCGCCAAUUCCAUCACAGAGGCAAUUCAACAACUCGAUUUUGUCGAGCAAAUUACUGUUGGUCUACUGUCUAAUAAUGCCACUGUUACUUACCGAGGAUCCGAGCCAAAGGUCGAAGAGAUAAUUGAGCAUAUCGAGGACAUUGGUUUUGAGGCUACAUUGGACGAAGUCGAGUCACUCGAUAUUGAGCCGCCAUGCAGCCAGCAACGCACUCAUAUUGCGAAAAUUGCUAUUGGUGGUAUGACCUGUGGCUCAUGCUCUGGAGCCAUUACUCGGGGACUAAAUGAGCUGCCAUUUGUCACCGAUGCCAUUGUCAAUCUUCUGUCCCACAGCGCCCAAGUUGAGUUGGAGAAUCAAGAUCAUGCGUCGUUGGUCCUUGAAAAGAUCGAAGACCUCGGAUAUGACGCCUCCCUUGUUAGCAUUGUUCCAAAGGAAGCUGAGAGCGACAAGGCCGUGGUCGAGAAGCGCACAGUAUCUUUUCGCAUCGAUGGCAUGUUCUGUCACCACUGCCCGGAGAAAGUCUUCAACUCCCUCAAGGACUUACCUGACGUGGAAGUUGACAACAUGCUCUCCGUCAAGUAUCCUAUCCUGAAGACGAAUUAUACGCCUCAUCCUCCCUCGCUCACUGUACGGACGAUAUUGGAAAAGAUUGAAAGCGCGCACACCGCAUUCAAAGCUACUGUCUACCACCCCCCAAGCAUCGAAGAUCGUUCCCGUGCAAUGCAGCGACAUGAAAGGCGCCGUUUGCUAUCACGCUUCCUGUUUGUCUUGUUAGUUGCGAUUCCGGAGUUUAUCAUUGGCAUUGUCUUCAUGAGCCUCGUCUCAAAAGACAAUCGAGUCCGCCAGUAUCUGGAACAGUCAAUGUGGUCUGGCAGCGUUUCCCGCAUGGAAUGGGCUCUUUUCAUCAUGACCACCCCGGUUAUGUUCUAUGGAACCGACAUCUUCCAUGUACGCGCAGCAAAGGAGAUAUUCUCUCUUUGGCGACCUGGAAGUCGUGUGCCCAUACUGCGAAGGUUUUAUCGCUUCGGAAGCAUGAAUCUUCUCAUCUCUGCUGGAACGAUGGUGGCAUAUAUCUCAUCAUUGGGUAUACUCAUCGCAGAUGCCGUGACCGCAAAUCACUCGGAUGUACACAGUUCAAAUUAUUUCGACACAGUUGUCUUCCUGACGCUAUUCAUCCUUGCAGGCCGAUACAUGGAGGCUUACAGCAAGGCAAGGGCUGGCGACGCGGUCGCAUCGCUUGGGAAGCUGCGGCCUUCCGAGGCUCUGUUGGUGACAAACUCUGGGCAGAAUGCCGUUCAAAGAGUCAAUGUUGACCUGCUCGAGAUUGGGGACCUCGUCCGUGUACCUCAUGGUGCAUCGCCUCCGGCUGACGGCAAAAUAUCCGGAACAGGCUCGUACCAGUUCGACGAGAGCUCGUUGACCGGAGAAUCAAGACCAGUGACCAAAUCAUCAGGCGAUCAAGUCUACACUGGCUCAGUGAACGUCGGCCAGCCGGUCGAAUUCGAGAUAACGGCUAUCGGCGGGUCAUCGAUGCUCGAUCAGAUUAUCAACGUUGUGCGCGAGGGUCAAAGCAAACGUGCACCGCUCGAACGCGUGGCAGAUGUACUUGUCUCCCACUUUGUACCUGCAAUCACGCUCAUCGCUGUCCUGACGUUCGUGAUUUGGGUCUCGCUAGGAGUGUCUGGGGCGUUGCCCGCGGAUUAUCUCGACACGAACCGUGGUGGCUGGCCGUUCUGGAGUCUUGAGUUCGCCAUUGCUGUCUUUGUCGUUGCCUGCCCAUGUGGUCUUGCACUAGCUGCCCCAACUGCUCUCUUUGUCGGCGGAGGGCUGGCAGCACGGUAUGGUAUUUUGGUUAAGGGAGGGGGUGAAGCAUUCCAAGAAGCCAGCCGUCUCAAUGCAAUUGUCUUUGACAAGACCGGUACCCUAACAGAGGGUGGAAGCCUUAAUGUGACCGAUCAUGAAGCUCUCAUCAGCGACUCUAUUCAAUUAGAAGUCGCCUGGGCCCUUGCUCGCAAGCUCGAGGAGAGCAGCAAUCACCCCAUUGCCCGAGCGAUAGGCGAAUUCUGCAAGGCACAAUCAACAGCCACCAUCGUCAGCUCCGAGAUAGAAGAGAAGCCGGGGCAAGGAAUGAAGGGCAUGUUUACCCUAGCGGUUCAGGAUUCAACUGGCUCUACAACAGCCCGCCGAUUCGAAGCCGCAAUCGGCAACCAGCGUCUCUACCAAAGCCUCUCCGCCCCGGAGGAAGACCACUAUUACCUCUCCAGUCUGCUCUCCAAGUACCAAACAGCCGGAAAAUCGACUGCCAUCCUCUCGCUACGUGAGCUGAGCAGCAGCAGCGACCCAGAAAAAUCUGCCGCAGAACAACAACCCUACUUCUCGCCCGCAAUCGUCUUCGCCGUCUCAGACACAAUCCGCCCCAACGCCGCAAGAGUAAUCUCCGAGCUCCAGCAACGCAAAAUCACCGUCUACAUGUGCACAGGCGACAACGAAACAACUGCGCAUGCCGUCGCCGACAUGAUCGGGAUCCCACGAACAAACGUCCUAGCCAACACCCUCCCAGCCGGGAAAGCCGACUUUGUCCGCCAGGUUCAGACAAGAGACCAACAACAUCACAACCCCGACCCCAGUUCCGAUUCCAAUGACAACUCGAAGGCACGCCCCAUCGUCGCCUUCGUCGGCGACGGCGUAAACGACUCCCCUGCCCUCGCCGCCGCAGACGUAAGCAUCGCAAUGGCCUCGGGCUCCGACGUCGCCAUCAACUCCGCGAGCUUCAUCCUGCUAAAUUCGGACCUCGACACCAUCCUCCAACUUGCACUCCUCAGCCGCCGCGUUAUUAACCGGAUCCGGAUGAAUUUCGGGUGGGCGGUUGUGUAUAACCUCUGUCUUGUGCCUGUUGCCGCAGGGAUCUUUUAUCCGAUUGUGAGUGGGCAUAAGAUGCAGAUGGUUGGUGGCGGUGCGGGGGAGGCGAAGAUGGUGAUGGCUGACACGCAUUGGCGGCUGAGUCCGGUCUGGGCGGCGCUGGCGAUGGCGUUGAGUAGUAUUUCUGUUGUUUGUAGUAGUUUAGCGUUGGCGGUUGAGUGGAGGAAGACGGUCGUUAAGGGGUGUGGGUGGAUUCGGGAGAAGUUGAGAUUUGCGGGUGCGGAGUGAGGGAGCUCGCUAUUGUUUCCAUAUGUGGUUAUGUGACUUGAAUUUCUCCAUACCCUUAUUAUUCUGGUUUCUUGGGCUGUUGAAUCUGCAAAAAAGCCAUAAUUUAUACGAUCAUAAGUAGCUCAAAACCAAUGGAGGAGUUAUAUUUCUGUUGAGCACAGUAGAAGAACUUUGAGAUGAGCUCACCCUGCCUCACCCCAAACCUCGGCAAUCUUCUUGCUCAAAACCUUUGCAAUGGUCUUGGUCCUCACCAUGGACUGCAAAUUGUCCGAAACCAUCGUCUCCCUCUCUUUGGGAUUCAGAGCCUCAAAUGCUUGAAUAAAGGCCUGAGGUGUGGGCCACCGGCGUUGGAUCUCAAGCGCUUUGUCUCCUGAGACACCUCUCGUGCACAUGAGCAUCUUCAGGAAGAUGUCACGGAGUGUGAGGGCUUCGGAUUUUGAGGCGAUGGCGCAGAAGGUUGAGAAUGUUACGCCGUAGGUGAUGGACGGAUUUGUGGCUUGGAGGUUUGAGAGAGUAGUGAGGUAAGGAUUUGAGGUGGAGAGGUGCCGGCUAGGCAGGAGGCUUAGGGUAUGAGAGGGGUUGGUGGAAGCAUUGACGGGACAUGUAGUGGAUGAGAGGGACGAGGCGCUGUACAUGUUGCUCAGGAGAAAGGUCAUGCGUGCAAGGUAGCGGAUCGUGUCGUCGAGAUUCUUUGUUCGCUUGACAAAGUAACCAUUCACUACUUGUGUCGAGGCGAUGGCUGAGCUGACCAUCUCAUAGUAACGCUGUGCUGUAGCGGCAUUGGACUCAUGUGUGACAGUGAAUUCCUCAAUGAGAUAGAUGACGUUUUUGAUUCCUGAGCGGUUGAGACGAAACUUUUGCUCGUGGAAGCGGCCGUCUUUGAUAGAGCCAACAAGGUCAUCGAGCCGUUUACGUUCGACAAUCCAAUCGAGCAUUAUUUCAUCGCCUUCCUCGCCAUACUUUGAAAGAAACAUGGGAUCGUGGAAUUUUGCCACCCACAUGAUAUCGCCGACUUCGAGGGCACGGACUUCGGGGUUUAUGCCUUUCUUUAUCAGUUCGUUGGAGAUGUAGUCUCUGUCUUUGGAAGAUCGAACUUCGCGGGUGUCCAGAAUCAGCUGGACUUUGAAGCUGUCAGGUGGGAUGGGAAUAGGAGUGACUGUUGAGAGUUCUGUAUCUUCGUCCCAAAUACUCUGUGUCCGGCGGAGAGCAUUGCUGCCUUCCUCGUGUAAAGAUCCCAGUCCGGCGGUACUAGUGAUCGUGUUUCCGCGGGAGGCAGGAGGCUUAUUCAUGAUUUGCCCC